UGGAAUAGUUGGUCAAAAUGGCAGCGGCAAUAAUUUUGGCUGUAGCUAUUAUACUUUUUACAGCAUGGGUAAUUAAAAGAGAGUUAUCAAGGAAAAAGAUUGAUAUAAUUCCAGGUCCAGUAGCCUUACCAAUUCUUGGAAAUGCUCACCAGCUAAAACAUACCAGCAGAGGGUUUUAUGAUCAGAUGGAAGGGUAUAUGAAGUUUUACGAGGCUAGGGGAAUAUUUCGACUUUGGCUUGGAUUUAUAGGAUUGAUCAUAGUUUACAAACCAGAGUAUGCUGAGGUGAUUCUUCAGAGCAGUAAACAUUUGGAUAAAGCUGAUGAGUAUAGAUUCCUCCAUCCAUGGCUAGGGACAGGUCUUCUAACCAGCACUGGGAGUAAAUGGAAAUCUCGUCGGAGGAUGCUGACACCAACGUUCCAUUUCAAGAUUCUGAAUGACUUUGUGGGUGUGUUCCAUGAUCAAGCCACCAUCAUGGUAAAGAAGCUCUCUGAGGUGGCCGAUGGAAGAGAAUUCAACAUCUUCAAUUACAUCACCCUCUGUGCAUUGGAUAUCAUUUGUGAGACUGCGAUGGGAAGAACUGUUGAUGCUCAGAGUAACAGCGAGUCAGACUAUGUCAAGUCUGUCUACAAGAUGACUGAGCUAGUCUUACAGAGACAGAGGACACCCUGGUACUGGCCUGACUUCCUCUACAACACUAUUGGAUAUGGAAAGGAGCAUGAUAGAUGUCUUCAGAUUCUCCAUGGAUUCACUAAAAAGGUAAUCAAGGAGAAAAUGGAGAGUCAGACUGAGGAAUCGCGACACAGUAUGGAGGAAAUGCUGAGUCAGCACUCGGAGGAAGACAUGUACAGGAGCAAAGGUCAGAGGUUAGCCUUCCUGGACAUGCUGCUGUGUAAAACAGAAGAUGGCUCCCAGUUGUCCAUGGAGGAUAUCAGAGAGGAAGUGGACACAUUCAUGUUUGAGGGGCAUGAUACAACAGCGGCAGCCAUGAACUGGGCUGUCCAUUUAAUUGGUGCAGAUCCCCAGGUUCAGGCUAAAGUCCAUGAGGAAAUGGACCAGGUAUUUGGGGACAGUGACAGGCCAGCUACAAUGAAUGAUCUAAAGGAGAUGAGGUAUCUGGAAUGCUGUAUAAAGGAGGCUUUAAGACUGUUCCCUUCUGUGCCGUUCUUUGGUAGAAAGUUAACAGAGGACUGUCAAUUUGAUGAAUACAAAAUUCCCAAGGGUACGACAGUGAUCAUUACACCGCCCGGGUUACACAGAGACACACGAUACUUCCCUGACCCAGAGAAAUUUGAUCCUGACCGAUUUUCACCAGAAAACAGUCUCAAACGACAUCCCUAUUCCUACGUCCCUUUUUCAGCUGGACCCAGGAACUGCAUUGGCCAGAAAUUUGCCCUCCUGGAAGAGAAAGUGAUGCUUUCCAACAUCUUCAGAAAAUUCAGUGUUACCUCCAAACAGACCAGAGAGGAGCUGCUUCCCAUUGGAGACCUCAUAAUGAGGCCAGAACAUGGGAUCUUUGUGGAAAUACGCCCCCGCCAAAAGUAACAAUCCAUGACAUACUAUGAUAGCUUGAAUCAAAGUAUCAAUUUCUAUAAUUAAUUAUUUUUGGGGGGGAAGAAUUUAAUCGUAUAUUAAGGUGACAUUUCUACAAAUGAUUUUUUUACAAAAGUUCAACUAAAUGCACUUUUUUAUGUCCCACACUGUGAUUUUUUUAACACCUUGAAUGAAAAUUUUAAACACAUAUCAUGUUUUAGUGCUUUUUGACAUUUUGAGUGUAGUGCAUGUCUUGCCUUAUAUGUACAUAUAGGAUCUCCCAUUGUUUGUGAAUGGAUAUGAUUUUUUAUCAAACGAAUUGUGUGCUUCUAUCCCCAAGCCUUGGUGAGGAGACAAAAACACCAACAAGUUGGAUAAAAAAAACUCAUCUAACCACAAAUCAUGGGAGAUUCUUUUUAUCACAUGUUUCACAUAUAGUUAUUUCAUUUUUUACUCUGUUUUAUAUAUGUAAAUCCUCAAUAUUUCACUUGAUCAGAUUCACACAAAAACCAUUGUGACGUCACAAUUGUGGAUAUGAAAACGAUAUUCUAUGAGCUAUAUCCACUGUUUAAAGGAGUAAACAUGUGAUAAAUAUAUUUAUACAAAAAUUCACUUUAUGUUGAUUGCUCAUAGAAGACAGUUCUUUUUUCAUUAUAAGUGGUAAUCCAAGGAACCCUUAUCAGUAAAUGUAGAUGUACUUUUUCUUUAGGAAUUAGAUUUUUAGGUUUCAUAAUAAUGACACUGGUACCUACACUAUACAUGUAGACAAAUGUAAUAAGAUUAGUUUGUUAGUGAGUUAUGCUUUGUUAUAGACAUAUUUACAGUUUUGAUUUUCUUUAUUUGAGAAAGAAAUGCAUAUCAUUCUUUGUUCACAUAAUUGUUGUGCAUUUUUGUUUUGUUUCUUUAUACGUUUGUUCUGCGUUUUAUCUUACCCGUGCUGAAAGCUGAAGUGAGCUUUUCUGAUCAUAGUCUGGUCAUUGUCAAUUGUUAUUAACUUUUACAUUUUUGACUUUUUAUCAAGAACCAUCGAGGCAUUUUCAAGUUAACUUGCCACAAAGCAUCUUUGGGUAAAGAGUGGGGAUUCACAAUGGGUUUCAUUUUCACAUGGCAAUCUAAAGGGGGAAAAAUCUAGGUACCUGGUAUUUCUUCUACAGGAAAACAUGACCACAAGUAGUCAUAUUAAAAUAUAUUAAUAUAAACAUAUAGUGAAGAUUUAAGUUUGCUCACGUCAUUGCCUCUGGGACAAAUGGGGUCUCAAUAUGGAACCAAUGCUUGACAUAGGAAUAUACAUAUUUUUAUAGCAGAACAUUUUAAAAAAUCAUAAGAAAAACUUCAGGACAUGAAUUAGUUGUUGUUAUUAC